UAUGAAGAUGUUAACAGAAGUAGAUAGAAAAGAUUGGGAAAAUACUUUUGAUGAUAAUUGUUUAUAAUUAAAUGAUUUAUCAAGUGUUGCAGAAGAUUGUUUAGGUAAAAUGGUUAGAGAUUUGGGAGUAAAAUAUUUGUUACCUAUUUUUGUUCCACUUAUUAUGUAAGCAUUAAGAUCACCUGUAAUUAAUGAAUAACAUGCUGGUUUGAUAGCUAUGGCAACAUUAUCAGAUAAAGCAGCAGAACAUUUCUAGAAUGAAUUACCUAGCAUUAUGGAAUUAAUAUUACCAUUAUCUUAAUCAUAAAAUAAAUUGAUUAUUUAUGAUUUAUUAACAUGUUUAGCAUCACUUUGUUAAGAAUUUACACCAAAGAUUUAAAUUAAUUAUGGAUCAUAGAUUUUAUAAUUGAUAGUUACAUGUAUGUAACAAAAGAUUUCAUAAAAAAUUCAAUAUAUUUCUAUUGCAUGUUUAGUUGAUUUUACUAGAGAAUUAGUAGAAGACAAAGAGGCAGCAAAGAAUGUAUUGACUCCAGUAUCAACCUUUUUGAUUGAAUAAUUAUACUCAGUUAUUCAAACAAAUUUAACAGGUUCAAUAGAUUAAUAAUAAUAAUAAAUAUUAGAAUAAGCACUUUCAGCAUUCAGUGCUUUAGCUACAAGUUUAUAAGAACAUUUCACUUAAUAUUAUGAUUAAAUGAUGCCAUAUAUGAUGUAAAUGAUGUAGACAGUUACAGUUAAUGAAGUAAAAUCAUUAUUAUUAGAAUGUAUUGGUUGUUUCUUAGUAUCUAUUAGUACAACAAGAAAAGAAUAAUGCAAAACUGAUUCUAAUUAAUUAGUCACACAUUUUAUCUAAUAAUAAAAUAAAAUGGAAUCAGAUGAUCCUGCUCAUACAUCUAUAUUCUUCUUCUAUACCUAAGUAGCUACAGCUUUAAGAUGUGAAUUUGGUUAAUACUUAGAUGCUAUAUUCCCAUUAGUUGAAAGAGCUAUGAGAUUAGAUGUUGGUUUUUCAAUCAAUUCAUAGGCUGAAGGAAAGAAUAUUACUAAAGUCAAGUUAGAUCUUAAAUUCUUAGGAAUGAAAAGCUUAUCACUCAAUACUAGUGCUCUUGAAUAAAAAGUAGAAGGAGCUCAUACUCUUGUUAAUUUAGCUGAGUAAUGUGGUAAAUCAUUUUAUCCAUAUAUAACUAAAACAAUAGUUUUAAUGAAAGAAUUCAUUAAUUAUAAACACAGUUCAUAAAUCUAAAAAUCUAUGGCUAAGUGUUCAGAAUAUUUAAUAGCUGCAUGUACACUUGAAACAGAUAUGGCAUAAGUACUUAUUUAAGUUACUCCUAUGCUCAUUACUGAAUUCACUGUGUUCCUUAAUAGUAAAUCUUAUGAUAGAGUUGCUGAAAUUGCAGAAGUAUUAGCUAAUUGUUUGAAUUAAGUUAAAGCACNGAAUAACAUGCUGGUUUGAUAGCUAUGGCAACAUUAUCAGAUAAAGCAGCAGAACAUUUCUAGAAUGAAUUACCUAGCAUUAUGGAAUUAAUAUUACCAUUAUCUUAAUCAUAAAAUAAAUUGAUUAUUUAUGAUUUAUUAACAUGUUUAGCAUCACUUUGUUAAGAAUUUACACCAAAGAUUUAAAUUAAUUAUGGAUCAUAGAUUUUAUAAUUGAUAGUUACAUGUAUGUAACAAAAGAUUUCAUAAAAAAUUCAAUAUAUUUCUAUUGCAUGUUUAGUUGAUUUUACUAGAGAAUUAGUAGAAGACAAAGAGGCAGCAAAGAAUGUAUUGACUCCAGUAUCAACCUUUUUGAUUGAAUAAUUAUACUCAGUCAUUCAAACAAAUUUAACAGGUUCAAUAGAUUAAUAAUAAUAAUAAAUAUUAGAAUAAGCACUUUCAGCAUUCAGUGCUUUAGCUACAAGUUUAUAAGAACAUUUCACUUAAUAUUAUGAUUAAAUGAUGCCAUAUAUGAUGUAAAUGAUGUAGACAGUUACAGUUAAUGAAGUAAAAUCAUUAUUAUUAGAAUGUAUUGGUUGUUUCUUAGUAUCUAUUAGUACAACAAGAAAAGAAUAAUGCAAAACUGAUUCUAAUUAAUUAGUCACACAUUUUAUCUAAUAAUAAAAUAAAAUGGAAUCAGAUGAUCCUGCUCAUACAUCUAUAUUCUUCUUCUAUACCUAAGUAGCUACAGCUUUAAGAUGUGAAUUUGGUUAAUACUUAGAUGCUAUAUUCCCAUUAGUUGAAAGAGCUAUGAGAUUAGAUGUUGGUUUCUCAAUCAAUUCAUAGGCUGAAGGAAAGAAUAUUACUAAAGUCAAGUUAGAUCUUAAAUUCUUAGGAAUGAAAAGCUUAUCACUCAAUACUAGUGCUCUUGAAUAAAAAGUAGAAGGAGCUCAUACUCUUGUUAAUUUAGCUGAGUAAUGUGGUAAAUCAUUUUAUCCAUAUAUAACUAAAACAAUAGUUUUAAUGAAAGAAUUCAUUAAUUAUAAACACAGUUCAUAAAUCUAAAAAUCUAUGGCUAAGUGUUCAGAAUAUUUAAUAGCUGCAUGUACACUUGAAACAGAUAUGGCAUAAGUACUUAUUUAAGUUACUCCUAUGCUCAUUACUGAAUUCACUGUGUUCCUUAAUAGUAAAUCUUAUGAUAGAGUUGCUGAAAUUGCAGAAGUAUUAGCUAAUUGUUUGAAUUAAGUUAAAGCACCUAUUUUAGAUGCUACUAUAAUUGAUUCAAUGUUUUAGACUUGCAAUAAGGCUCUUGCUGCUAUAGUAAAAACUAAAGAAUCAAUUACUUAUGAAGAUGAAGAAUAAUUUGAAGCUGAUUGUGAAGAAAUUGAUUUAUUACUUGAUCACAUUACCAAUAUUGCAACUGAAUUAAUUUCUAAUCAUAAAUGUGAAUCUGUUUAAACUAUGAUGCCUACUUAUUACUCAUUUUUAAAUACAAAAUCUACUAAAUCAUAGACUAUUAAUUCAAUUGCAUUUUUCAAUAUUGUUUUACCUCUUUGUAAUGAAUCAGUAUUUUAAUAAGCAUAAAAUGAAAUAUUAAAAUGUUAUUCUACUUUUUCUAAAACAGCUGAUCUAGAAAUGAAAUAAAAUUUACUCUUUGGUUAUGGUAAUAUUGCAAAAAGACUUCCAAAUCUAGAUACAACUCAAAUUAUAGAAUUAGCUUAAACAAUAAUUGAAUAACCUGAUUGCAAACAUGUUGAUAAAGUGGCAUCAUAUGAAACUGCUUUGACAACCUUAGGUAAAGUAGCCAUGUAUUGUAAUAUUGCUUAAAAAGAAUAACUUUUGACUAAAUUUUUAGAUUCUCUUCCACAUGAAUAUUAAGAUAAUUAAGAAACUCAUUUAAUGUUUAUUAAAGAAGUAAUUUUAUACAUUAUUAUAAAUAGGUUUAAAAUAACAAUCCAACUUUGAUGUAAUUUAAAGAUUCAGUAAUUCAAACUCUUAAUAGAAUUAAAACAUAAGAUUGUAACAAUCCUGAAAAUGAAUUAUUAUGUGAUGAAGGAAGAAAAUUGAUUUAAUAAUUAUUAUGUUGA